AAAAAUUGCUGGAGAGUUCGCGACAGCCAUUGGAACUUUGACAUACUGUAAACAGCCCGGCAUUCUCGCCAGUUCUAUCGAGCGACGGCUCCUAAACAGCCGUUAGAUCUAGACAGGCGCAAGCCUUGGGAUCGAUAACUCGCAGCCAUGAACGCGGUACGCCCGGCCCGGAGCGUCCUCUCCAGAUGCCUACGGCAGUCGGUCUCGAGCGCCCCGGCGGCGGGUCCCAGCCGUUCUUUCCAGACCUCGGCCAGCAGGUUAAAGCGGAGAUCGAGGUUCAGGAAUAUCAAGGCCGAAGAGAUGGGAUUGACCGACCCUAAGAAACUGGAGUCCUUUGCCACAAAGACGUUUCCGGAGUACACGGACGAGGAGAAGGCAGCCUUGAGGGGAAAGUACACCCUUGAGCAGUACGAGGCCAUUUUGGCAGGCGAGGAGGCUGUCGACGCGAAGGAUCUCGCUAUUCAAGGCCGAUUACGAGACGACCCUUAUCGAAUGCCUUACCUGGAAGAUUUCUCGACCAUCCAACCCAUCAUUGAUUCCAGGCCCAAGACCACCGCGCCCCCAGAAGAAGUCAAGUUCCUCCCACACCAGGAAUGGGUGGAUGCCUACAUCGACAAGCUCGCCGACAAGGCCGAGGUGAAGAUGAAGGACACCAUUGGGAAGGCAGUGGCGCGGGCGCUGCGUCGCGUCAAGGAGACGAAUCCCUCGGAGAUCGACUUUACCGAAGAGGAGCUCAAGGAUCUUGAGAAUAACGCCGAGCUACGACGCAAGUACAUUAUCGAGGGUGAAAACGACGAGGGUUACAAGGCGGCAGAGGCUCUGGCCGAAGCCAAGUCGACGCCGACGCCCGCGGGCGAGAAAUGGUGGAACCAAAUCGAUGAGGAGUUCUACAAGGAGCUCCAGGAGCAGCUCAGCUUGGAGACCAACCCUCUGGAAGGCAGCAAGCUGGACUACUGGAAGAAAGCCCAUGGCGACAUGAACAACUCGGCGGUGGCGCCCCAGCUGGGCAAGGUGGAAGGCGUGAAGGGCUUGUACAAACCGCCAGUCGACCCGGCGGACGAGGGACUGGACGAUGCCGGUAUCUAUCAGGAGGUGAAGCGGUUGACGGGGAUGGCCGUCAAGGACAUCAUCGCCAUGCCGCGCAAGGUCCUUGUCCGCCGAUACGUGCACAAUCAGACGCGUCUGGGCAAAAUCCGCAGCGUCAGCAUUCUUGUGGCGGCGGGCAAUGGCGACGGACGACUAGGGAUCGGUCUCGCCAAGUCGACCGAUGGCGACAUUGCGCGGACUACGGCCGAGUUGCUGGCCAUUCGAAACAUGCGACCUGUUCGGCGGUACGAGAACCGGACCAUCUACGGCAAUGUAGAGGCUAAGGUGUCGGGUACCGUGGUGCAGCUCCGUUCUCGCCCUCCCGGCUUUGGUCUCCGCGUGUCACAUCGCAUCUUUGAAAUGGCGCGUCUGGCAGGCAUCCACGAUUUGUCGGCGAAGAUCCCUCGAUCGAGGAACCCUCUCAACACGGCGAAGGCGUGCUACGAAGCUCUGAUGAAUCAGCCCGACCCGGAACAGAUUGCCAUCGGCCGAGGCAAGAAGCUGGUGGAUGUGCGCAAGGUGUACUAUGGCGGUGCUGUAUACUAGAUGGCUGUAUUUUUAAAAACUUUCCGGUGGGGGUGUUGUUCUUGUAUUACCAUCGGACGACCACCACCAUCCCUGUACAAUUUCUUGUAACUAUGCAAUAACCAUACCUAGAUAUUCCCCCAGCCGGUCUCGCAAUGCGCUUUCACAGAUAUCAUGGUCCGUGUGGGUGACCGACUAUUCGUCUUGUUUUCUUUCCUCUCUAUGUCGUCGCCUGGUAAACUCGCCGUAUCGCGAUGUUGUUCAUGGUUCUCGCCAUUGUUGCGGGUUGUCUGUCGAUAGAUUCACAUCGCAAUGUCAUCGGAAGACACUUGGGCGGGAGGGGUUCGGGAAGGGGCUCCUCUGUGCCUCUCUCGCAAAUAUCAUGGUCUGUAGGCGUGUCUUACAAGUUUCGUUGCGCCUAUUGUAGUG